AUGUCUACAGUGAAACAGAGGUUUGAUGCGUUGACAGGUCCAUGCGUUUCUUUGGAGUUCUUCCCUCCUAAGACGGAGCCUGGUAAGACGAACUUACUUGCACGUAUGGAGCGUAUGUGUGCAUUAAAUCCGUUAUUUGUGACAGUUACUUGGGCAGCUGGUGGUACAACAUCGGGGAAGACUUUAGAACUUGCUACUAUAGCGCAACGUGAAUUAAACGUUCCUGUUUGUAUGCAUUUGACAUGUACCAAUAUGGAUAAAUCUAUUAUUGACGAGGCUUUAAAGGCUGCAAGGGAUGUGGAUAUCCGUAAUAUAUUGGCCUUGAGAGGUGAUCCGCCUAUUGGAGAAGAAUGGGACGGCAAUACAAGUCAGAAUCCUUCUGAAUUCAAGUAUGCAGUGGAUUUGGUUCGUUACAUUAAAAAGAAUUACGGUGAUGACUUUUGUGUGGGUGUUGCGGCAUAUCCAGAGGGCCACUGUGAGGGUGAAGCUGAUGAAAGUAUGCAGGAUCCAUUGAGAGACUUGCCAUAUUUGAAGGAGAAGGUGGACGCCGGCGCAGAUUUUAUUAUAACGCAAUUAUUUUAUGACGUGGAUAAGUUCUUGUCCUUUGAGUCUUUAGUUCGUGAGAACAUCAGUUCUGAUAUCCCAAUUUUCCCAGGUUUGAUGCCUAUUAAUUCUUUUCUAUUAUUUAACAGAGCUGCGAAACUUUCCCAUGCUUCAAUCCCUCAAGCUAUCUUGGACAGAUUCCCCCCUGAUGUUCAAAAUGACGAUAACAGAGUCAAAGAAAUUGGUGUGGAAAUCAUGAUUGAUAUUGUCGAACAGAUAUACAAAAGAACUGAUGGGCGUAUAAAAGCUUUUCAUUUCUACACUUUGAAUCUUGAGAAAGCGAUCGCCAAGAUUGUUGCUAACUCACCAACUCUAUCUAAGAUUCUUGAAGACGAUGAAGACGAAGCAGACGAUGAAUGGGGAUCUGAGGCUGUCUUGCAAGAUGUGGAUCAUUUAACUUUGGAAGAUGACAAUAUGAAGAAAAGAAAAAGGCAGUCCAGUGCCAGUGCGGAAUUUCCUCUGAAUACAUCUAUAAUUAACAAAUUGAAUGGAACAAGUGGCAAUAAAUUGCCCUCGAUGCCCUCUCGUAAAGUGAUGAUUUCGAUCUCUCAAGGUACCGGUACAUUAGGUAGAAAUGUCACUUGGGAUGAAUUUCCUAAUGGUAGAUUUGGUGAUUCUAGGUCACCUGCCUAUGGUGAGAUUGACGGGUAUGGGCCAUCUUUGAAGGUUUGCAAUAAAACUGCGUAUGAACUAUGGGGUCACCCAGUUUGUCUAGAAGAUAUUAAAAAUAUUUUUAUUAGAUAUUUGGAAGGUUCCAUGAAAGCUCUCCCUUGGUCUGAUUUAGGGCUCUCUCCCGAAACUGCUUUCAUCCAGGAAGAACUUAUAGAAUUGAACCAACGCGGAUAUCUUUCUUUGGCUUCGCAGCCGGCUACAAAUGGAUCUCCUAGUACGGACAAUAUAUUUGGUUGGGGGCCAGCAAAUGGUCUAAUAUAUCAAAAAGCGUUUGUGGAAAUAUUUGUUCACAAAGAUGAGUGGAAAAACGUCUUAAAGCCCAAAAUUGAAGCCAGUGAUGGUGAAUUCAGCUAUUAUUUAGGAGACUACACAGGGGAGUUUGAGACUAAUUUACAACCAAAUAGUUCAAACGCAGUAACUUGGGGUGUUUUCCCAAAUUCGGAAGUCGUUCAAACUACUAUUGUCGAAGAAGAUUCCUUCAAAGCAUGGAGGGAUGAGGCAUUCAGUAUUUGGAUUGAAUGGAGUAAACUCUUCCCCAAAAAUACUCCAGAGAACACAUUUUUGAAGAAAAUGCACAGAGACUAUUGCCUAGUUUCUAUUGUCCAUCAUGAUUUUCAUAAUGCAGACGGAUUAUGGGAAAUGCUUUUAAACUGA